GACGCACGCAACGCAGCCUCGCUCCGAUGGCUACCCUCCCCACCGCCGGGCGCGCCGCGGCCAGGGCCUUCGCCUUCCCCGCAAAGCCCUCCUCCACCGCGUCGUCCUUCUCCCUCCCCCGCGCCGCGUCGUCCUCCUCAGGCAGGCAGGUCAUCACGAGAGUGGAGGAGUUUUUUGUUUCGACACGAGUAAAAGCAGAAACUUCCGGUCCCCAUUCUGAGGAGGAUGUAAGGAGAAACAGGAACCUGCUGCAGAGACUCAGCGUGCUUCCUUGUGGCGCCACGGCAUGGCUGAGUCUUGCAGAGGCAGCACAGUCUAGCGAAGGAGCAAAGCUAAACAUGGUUUACGAGGUCGGGGAGCUGUUUGAGCUAGGAAUCCAGCUCUCUUAUCUGCUCAUACUGCUUGGUCUGCUUGGAACCGGUACAUUCUACGUCAUCCGUCAAGUUCUUGUUCGCAGGGAGCUCGAUCUUUCUGCCAAAGACUUGCAGGAACAAGUGAGAAGUGGUGAGGGAAGCGCUACCGAACUCUUCGAGCUCGGAGCAGUGAUGCUAAGGAGAAAGUUUUACCCUGCAGCCAUCAAGUAUCUGCAGCAAGCCAUCCAGAGAUGGGAUAGAGAUGAGCAAGAUCUUGCUCAGGUUUACAACGCCCUUGGAGUUAGCUACAAGCGGGAGAACAAGCUGGAGAAGGCGAUCAAGCAGUUUGAGAAGGCGGUGGAGCUACAGCCGGGGUACGUGACGGCGUGGAACAACCUGGGCGACGCGUACGAGCAGCAGAAAGACCUCAAGUCGGCGCUGCGGGCGUUCGAGGAGGCACUGCUCUUCGACCCCAACAACAAGGUGGCCAGGGAGCGCCGGGACGACCUGAGGUCGCGCGCGGGCAUGUACAAGGGGGUGCCGGUGAAGACGACAGAUAAGCGAUAGCCACCAUACGUUGACCAGUAGCAUUUUGUAAACACGAUGAGAGAUUGUAUGUAGCACUGGUGUGAUCUAGCUAGCUGUUGUGACAUGUUUGUUUAGAGCAAAAUGUAAUUUAUUUUGCUUAUGGGCUCAUCUUAGCAAUGUCACGAACACAAUGAUCCCAUGUAACUGCUAUUGCCAGGUUAUCUUAAUCCUUUAGUCA